AUGGCCGACCGCAAGAAUCAAGGGCCAGGUCACGCGGCGGGGAAGAAGCCCCCGAACAACGGGAAGACCAACCUGCCCUCUGUCUUCAAUCGCUCUAUGACGGUGAAUUCCUCCGCCUCCUCGGCGGCGGCGGCGGCGGCGUUGAACAAACCGCUGUACGGCGUCUACACCGCGCCGGCCUUCCAGCGCAACGGCUCGGUCAAGGGCUCCUACGGCUCCACGGCGUCCGCCGGAAAUUCCUUCUCCGACAAGGUCAGGAAAUUGUGCUCCAUUUUCGAAUCCCCGAAACACCCCUCGCCCGGCCAAAAUUCAGAGCCCCUGCAGCCGCCCACCUCCGCCAAAGCUCACGAGGCGUUGACGGAUUAUCCGAGCGCAGUUGCCAAGAUUGCGUCUCCCAUUGUCCAUCUUCCGGGCACAGAAGACAGGGUCGUAGUCUACUUCACCAGCCUUCGAGGAAUUCGGAGAACCUUCCAGGAUUGCCACAAUAUAAGGCUGAUCUUGAGAGGGUUUCGGGUGAAUCUGGACGAGAGGGACAUCUCGAUGGAUUCUGCCUACAGGAAGGAAUUGCAGAAGGUGCUCGGCCAGGAUAGCGUAAGCUUGCCUCAGGUUUUCAUUAAAGGGAGAUAUAUUGGAGGAGCUGAGGUGGUAAAGCAUAUGCUCGAGGUGGGUGAGCUGGCAAGGAUGAUUAAAGGGCUCCCUUUGCGCGCAAUGAAACCUUGCGAUGCAUGUGAUGAUUUCAGGUUUAUUCCGUGCACGAAUUGCGAUGGAAGCCGAAAGUUGUUUGAUGAGUACGAGGAGCAGCCAAGAAGGUGCCCUGAAUGCAACGAGAACGGGCUCGUGAGAUGUCCCUUGUGCUGUGCGUGA